UGUUCGUAAACGAGAUCAGACAGUACGGUAAGAUAACCAGUAGAGGUAAAAUCUUGAGAAAUAAUGUUGCAUAGUAAUUGCAUAUCGCUCAGUAUAUUUGUACAGUUUUCAGUUCGAGGAGAAGAAGCGAAGAAUUGAAAACGCAGUAUAGUACCUGUCUCCCGAAGAGAAGAGACGCGUAAAAAUGACCGAGUUACACUUUGCCUGCAUCAUGCUCGCAUUAUGUAUCUGCGUACAUCCGAAUUCAGCUGUACCAGACUUAAAAUUUAUGCAUGUUCUGUUCGCGCAUAAGUUGUACGCGCCAUGGGAAGACGACGCGGAAACGAACCAGACCAGCAUCCCGGAAACUUUAUCGUAUGAAUCCUUCAUUUCUGCUACGAUGAAUAUACCGGUGAAUGCAGAGCUCGACAUGUACGUUCUCGGGGCAUAUCUGCGCGAGGCUUACAACGAAUUCUUGGGUAACACGUACACGCCGGACAUUAUGAAAACGCGUACGACGGAGCAUCCCCUGUCGAUCUUAUCGGCCCAACUUGUUAAUGCCGGCUUGUGGCCUCCGACGAAAGGUCAGAUAUGGAUGGAAAACUUCAAUUGGCAACCAAUACCAGUUG